AUGCAGGGAACACAUUUGAAUUUGACAAAGACACUACGUUCUGAUUAUUAUCCAGAUGUCACAAAUAAAACUAUGACAAUGCCAAUAUCUUCUCAAGAAUUAACUGGAGAUAACACUCAAGGCAGUAUAAAUGAUCUAGGACUAGGUGGAGUUUGUGAUACUAUCAUGAACGGUGAUUUGGAUGUUUAUCAUUUAAAAGUCAUACCAACGCCUAGCGAGGCAUCAGGGAAUGAAGUCUCGAGUUCAGCUGGUGAACCAACGGAAUCAGAAGUGGAUCAGAUGUCUUCAAUAACUUCACCACAUAGGAGAAAAAAAAGAAAAAUUAAAAUCAAUUUAUCAGCUAAAAGGAGUCGUAGUAAACAUGUGGUUCAUUUAGAAUAUCAUGAAAGAGACUUAUCACAUUUUAGAUUACCUAGCUAUUCAGAUAUAAAGAGUUCUGAUUCGGAAAUAAAUGACAAUUUAACAAAUGAUGAUCAAGCUAAGCCCUGGAGAAUUUGUUUGUAAGUACUACUCUCUUUUGUGUAAUUAAUAUUAUGUGUGCAAUUUUAUUAACUCAUUUGUUCGGUUAGAUUUGUGAGUGAAUUUUAGUAUUACAUAAUAUACUA